CAGAGACUGAAGAACCUGCCUCAUUCGUCCGUGGAGAUGGGCGUAAAACAUCACAGCCGAUUUGCAAACAUGACAUCAUUCUUUCAACCGUGUCAAGCUUGGAUAAUUGUGCCAGCUGUAGUGGGCCGUAUUCUGCAUUAAAAUGGAUUGGUGUAAAGUGUAAGAUUUGCUCAUGUUUCUGGCAUAAAUCUUGCUACAACAAGAAUGUGAUGCCUUACCUUGACUCAUUUGAACCAAAUUCUGAAGAAGAAUUAUUUAAGGAGGACUCAGAUAAGGACUAUGUUCCCAGUAGUUUUUCAGAGGAUUCGGAGUCGGACAUGGUGUCUUUAGAACUAGAGUGCCCUAAACCACUCUCCAACAUAGACUGCCAAGAAAGCGUCUUAGUAAAAGAUUCCCUACCUGAAGAUGCAGUCUGCACAGCACAACUGAAAAAGUCAUGCAGGAAAGGCGAGCAGGUACCCAACAAAACAGGGAUUGAUAAUACAGGGUCUGAGGAUACCACAGAAUGUGGGGAAGGUCCAUCAGUACCAUCCUCUGAAAUAUCCACUUCAGGACAUAAGAAUUACUGUUAUAUUUGUGGAAAGCCCCAAUCGAAAUUCACAAGACACCUAAAAAUUCAUGAAAACACAAAUAUGGAUGUUGCUAGGGCUCUGGCCUUGCCGAAGCAUUCCAAGGAACGUAAGAAACUGCUGGACAAACUAAGAAAUAAAGGAAAUUAUGAACAUAAUGCAAGUGUUUUAGCCAGUGGAUCGGGGCAGUUAAAACUCAAACGUAAACCGAAGAAAAAUUACAAUCCAAAUGAUUAUGUGAAUUGCAUGUAUUGCCAUGCAAUGUUCCUACGCAGAGAAUUGUGGAGACAUGUACGGAACUGUCCUUCUAAGUCAGGGGAUCAGGAACAACCAGGAAGAAAUAAGGUACUGGCUUUAGCGACAAUGUCUGAUUCAGUUCUCUGUCAGCAAAUGUCACAGAGUGUUUGGAAACUCCUAACACCAAUGAAAGAUGAUGACAUCUCUGCUGCUGUGCGGAGUGAUUUCACCAUCCUACAGCUGGCACAAUCAUUUUUCAAUAAACAUGGCCAAGAUCCGUCUAAACAUGAUUACAUUCGGCAGAAGCUAAGAGAGGUUGGAAGACUUUUGUUGGUCCUGAGAAAGCAAUUCUCAUUGCAUACGAUUGAGGAUGCUGUUAAGCCUGCAAAUUUUGAGAUGAUUAUACAGGCUGUCAAAAGAGUAUCUGGGUAUGAUGCAGCAAAACACACUUACCAGACUCCAAGCCUUGCUCUUAAGCUUGGUCACUCUUUGAACAAGUUAUGUGACAUCAUACACUGUAGAGCGUUAAUGGCUGAAGAUGAUGCAAGGAUUAAGUCAACUCAGACUUUCAAAAAGUUGGUUAAUUCGAAAUGGUCGGAACUUGUGUCUCAUGGUGCUUUAACCACUUUACAUGAAGGUCAUUUUAAUAAACCAUCCACCCUUCCGUUUACAGAAGAUGUUCAGCGUCUUCAUCAACAUCUCGAAACAGUCGCUGAUUUAGCUACUGACAACUUGAAGAAGACUGCUUCAACAAAAGUCUAUGGAGAACUGUGCAGAUCGACUCUUGCCAAAAUUAUUCUGUUCAAUCGACGACGUGUAGGAGAAGUUGCAAGGAUGCAAUUAAAAUGUUUCCUGGAGAGGGACACAACUCCUCUUCACAAAGAUGUUGCUGUUGGCCUUACAGCAUUUGAGCAGAAACUUUGCUCACAUUUCAGUAGAGUAGAAAUUAGGGGGAAAAGGGGGCGUAAAGUAGCAAUUUUGCUAUCACCAGACAUGGUCGAUGCUUUAACACUUCUGAUAAGCAAAAGACAAGAGUGUGGAGUUCCACAAGACAAUACAUUUCUUUUUGCAAGACCCAGAUGUUUGACUUCAUAUCGAGGUCAAGACAGUCUACGGAUUUACGCAGAAGAGUGUGGUGCCCAGAACCCUGAGCUCCUCCGGUCAACACAGCUGCGCAAGCAUGUAGCAACAUUAUCACAGGUCCUGAACUUAAAAAACCAUGAGUUGGAUCAAGUGGCAGACUUCUUGGGCCAUGAUAUACGUGUCCACAGGGAAUAUUACAGGCUUCCAGAGGCUACAACCCAGCUGGCAAAAAUUUCUAAACUUCUUCUUGCCAUGGAAAAAGGUUCUCUUACAAGUCUUCAAGGCAAAUCACUUGAAGAAAUUGACAUUGAAGAAACCCUAGACUUAACUGAUUCAAGUGAUGACAGUGAUGCUGAGGAGGCAGAUCAGCUAACACAAAGUGAAAUUGAUGAUGACCCUGCCUUAGAAAGCACAGCUGCAGCUGUUUACCAAAAAAGUAAAAAGAAGAAGAAGUCCAGCGAUAGGGAAGAGCAUGAACAAGCUGCACUAAAGCGAGUUAGGCGACCUGUCGAGGAUCUUCCAGGCACCUCAGAUGAUGAUGACCCUGCCUUAGAAAGCACAGCUGCAGCUGUUUACCAAAAAAGUAAAAAGAAGAAGAAGUCCAGCAAUAGGAAAGAGCAUGAACAAGCUGCACUAAAGCGAUUUAGGGGACCUGUCGAGGAUCUUCCAGGCACCUCAGAUGAUGAUGACCCUGCCUUGGAAAACACAGCUGCAGAUGAUGACCCUGCCUUGGAAAGCACAUCUGCAGCUGUUUACCAAAAAAGUAAAAAGAAGAAGUCCAGCAAUAGGAAAGAGCAUGAACAAGCUGCACUAAAGCGAGUUAGGCGACCUGUCGAGGAUCUUCCAGGCACCUCAGAUGAUGAUGACCCUGCCUUAGAAAGCACAGCUGCAGCUUUUUACCAAAAAAGUAAAAAGAAGAAGUCGUCCAGCAGUAGGGAAGAGAAUGAACAAGCUGUCGUUCCUGUAAAUCCUGCUGAAAAGAAGAAUGCCAGAAGGAAACAAAAACAGCAAUGGUCUCCAACUGAAAUCACAGCAGUAAUGAGACACUUUAAAAAACAUAUUACACAGGGAAAACUUGCUACUAAAAUUGAUUGUCAGCAGUGCAAGAAUGCUGAGCAUCCUGCAUUGGCUAAUCGGUCUUUACAAAAUAUUAGAGACUUCGUAAGAAAUAGGGGUCUGACAGAGAAGAGAAAGAGACAGGCACAAAACAUUUAGUGUUCUGAUGGUGGUAAUUUUGGUUUUAUAUGUAUG